CCGCGGUCAACCAUGGUCCUGAAUUUCCCGACACUGCGCCGGAUAAACACUGCUCCGGCGCUUUGUUUGUUCCGUUGCCAAACUUUGCCAGAAACAGAAGCUGAUUUAUCCCCAACCACUGACUGACCCUCGCUCAAUCACACCUUCAACACCUUCUGGAUACAUAUCUCAAGUUGUCUUUGCUUGCAUCUUCUGCUUCUUUUUAUAUCUGUGCCUGAUACCUCUUCUUUCUCCUCCUCUCUCUAGCCCACCAUGCCUGCCCCAGCUGCUUUCAGUGACAUUGCCAAGGCCGCAAAUGAUCUCCUGAACAAGGAUUUCUACCACGCCAGCGCCGCCAACAUUGAGGUCAAAUCCAAGGCCCCCAAUGGCGUUACAUUCAACGUCAAGGGAAAAUCCGCCCACGAGGGUCCCAUCAAUGGCUCCCUUGAAGCCAAAUACGUUGAUGCGCCAACUGGCCUCACCCUGACCCAGACAUGGACUACCUCCAACUCCCUCGACACCAAGCUCGAGCUGGACAACAACAUCGCCAAGGGCCUCAAGGCUGAGAUUCUUACCCAGUAUCUGCCCAGCUCCCAAUCCAAGGGCGCAAAGUUGAACCUCCAUUUCAAGCAGCCCAACAUCCACGCCCGCGCCUUCUUCGAUCUCCUCAAGGGCCCCACUGCCAACUUCGACGCUGUCCUUGGCCAUGAAGGCUUCCUCGUCGGUGCUGAGGGUGGUUAUGAUGUGCAGAAGGCUGCUAUCACCAAGUACUCUGCUGCCGUCGCCUACAGUCUCCCCGAAUACUCUGCUGCCAUCACUGCCUCCAACAACCUUUCCCUCUUCUCCGCCAGCUACUACCAUCGCGUCAACGCGCAGGUCGAGGCUGGUGCCAAGGCCACAUGGGAUUCCAAGGUCGGCAACACUGUUGGCUUGGAAGUUGCCAGCAAGUACAGACUUGACCCCUCUUCCUUCGCCAAGGCCAAGAUUAAUGACCGCGGUAUCGCUGCAUUGGCUUACAACGUUCUCCUCCGCCCUGGUGUGACCCUCGGUCUUGGUGCCUCCUUCGACACCCAGAAGUUGAACCAGGCCGCGCACAAGGUCGGAGCCAGCUUCACGUUUGAAGGAUAGAAAUAGCAAGUGAUAAAAUAACGAAAGAGACAAAGUGAUAAAUGUGAACUAAAGAAAUAAAGCAAGAGAGAAAAUCCUGAAACUACUGUUUUUGUAUUCUAUACAUACGCGCACACACAUCAGAAACCCAAGAAAAAUUUGCAGCAAUACCGAUUUUUAUUUUUAUUUUUCCUUCUCAUUUCAUUCUUCUUUCUAAAGGUUUUUUUUUAAUGUAUUCCAUUGUCUUCCACUUUCUCCUGCCUCCCUUUUUGGGUUGCGGAUCUCCAAAUUGAUACUUCCCUUCCCUUCCUUUUUUUUAAUCUUUUACUUCGCUAUACGUAUAUUUAGAGUAUUACUGUGCAAUUAAUAGAGUAGAUUUCACAGUUCACAAAGCCAGCUCUAACAGUGACAGAUUUGAAGGUCUACUGACAAACACUGUGCAGAUUGACAAGGAAUUGCCUUCCAUCAUAUUGUUUAUAUCUGUAGCAGACAGCCUCAUUAAUACCUUUUGUAAGAGUGGUGGUAAUUGCGGAAGUUGUGGCUAACAUGGGUGCUCAUGAUUGG